AUGGCCAGCUCCGGAGAGGACACAUCCAACGAUGACGACAUGCCCCCUGCAGCAGCCGCCAUGGCGGUGGGCGCCCACCUUCUCGGCUUCUCGGAUGAGAUCCUGCUGCACAUCCUGAGCCACGUCCCCAGCACAGACCUGGUUCUGAACGUCCGGCGCACCUGCCGGAAGCUCGCAGUGCUCUGCCUGGAUAAGAGCCUCACCCACACCGUGCUGCUGCAGAAGGACUAUGAGGCAAGCGAGGACAAGGUGAAGCAGCUGGUGAAGGAGAUCGGCCGGGAGAUCCAGCAGCUCAACAUGGCCGGCUGCUACUGGCUGUCGGGUGCCACUAUUGAGCACGUGGCCCGCUGCCGCAGCCUGGUCAAGGUGAACCUCUCGGGCUGCCACCUGACCUCCCUGCGCCUCUCCAAGAUGCUUUCGGCCCUGCAGCACCUGCGCUCCUUGGCCAUCGACGUGAGCCCCGGCUUCGAUGCCGGCCAGCUGAGCGGCGAGUGCAAGGCCACGCUGAGCCGCGUGCGGGAGCUCAAGCAGACGCUGUACACACCCUCCUACGGUGUCGUGCCCUGCUGCACCAGCCUGGAGAAGCUGCUGCUCUACUUCGAGAUCCUCGACCGCACACGCGAGGGCGCCAUCCUCUCGGGCCAGCUGAUGGUGGGCCAGAGCAACGUGCCCCACUACCAGAACCUGCGGGUCUUCUACGCGCGCCUGGCCCCAGGCUACAUCAAUCAGGAGGUGGUGCGGCUCUACCUGGCUGUGCUCAGCGACCGCACGCCCGAGAACCUCCACGCCUUCCUCAUCUCUGUGCCUGGCAGCUUCGCCGAGAGCGGGGCCACCAAGAACCUCCUGGAUUCCAUGGCCCGCAACGUCGCGCUGGACGCCCUGCAGCUGCCCAAGUCCUGGCUCAACGGCUCGUCCCUGCUCCAGCACAUGAAGUUCAACAACCCGUUCUACUUCAGCUUCAGCCGCUGCACGCUGUCCGGAGGCCACCUGAUCCAGCGGGUCAUCAACGGCGGGAAGGAGCUCUGCAGCCUGGCGAGCCUGAACCUCAGCGGUUGUGUCCACUGCUUGUCCCCGGACUCCCUGCUCCGCAAGGCGGAGGACGAUAUCGACAGCGGCAUCCUGGAGACGCUGGUGGCGUCCUGCCGCAACCUGCGCCACCUCAACCUCUCGGCCGCCCACCACCACAGCUCCGAGGGCCCGGGCCGCCACCUCUGCCAGCUGCUGGCCCGGCUGCGCCACCUGCGCUCCCUGUCCCUGCCCGUCUGCUCCGUGGCCGACUCGGCACCGCGGGCCGACCGCGCGCCCGCCCAGCCCGCCAUGCACGCCGUGCCCCGCGGCUUCGGCAAGAAGGUGCGCAUCGGCGUGCAGUCCUGCCCCAGCCCCUUCUCCGGGCAGGCGGGCCCUCAGCCUUCCUCCGUGUUCUGGUCCCUGCUCAAGAACGUGCCCUUUCUGGAGCGCCUCGAGCUGAUCGGGUCCAACUUCUCCUCCGCCAUGCCGCGCAACGAACCCGCCAUCCGCAACUCCCUCCCGCCCUGCAGCCGCGCGCAGAACGUCGGGGACUCGGAGGUGGCCGCCAUCGGGCAGCUGGCGUUCCUGAGGCACCUGACUCUGGCCCAGCUGCCCAGCAUCCUGACGGGCUCCGGGCUGGUCAGCAUCGGCCUGCAGUGCCAGCAGCUGCAGUCCCUCUCGCUGGCCAACCUGGGCAUGAUGGGGAAGGUGGUCUACAUGUCUGCCCUCUCGGACAUGCUGAAGCACUGCAAGCGGCUGAAGGACCUCAGGUUGGAGCAGCCCUACUUCAGCGCCAACGCCCAGUUCUUCCAGGCGCUGAGCCAGUGCUCCGCCCUGCAGCGCCUCUGCCUGGUGUCGCGCAGCGGCACGCUCCAGCCCGAGGCCGUGCUGGCCUUCAUGGCGCGCUGCCUGCACGUCGUUGUGUGCCACAUGUUCACCGGGGAGUCCCUGGCCACCUGCAAGAGCCUGCAGCAGUCCCUGCUCCGAAGUUUCCAGGCCGAGCGGCCCGCGCUGAAUGUCGUCAUCUUCCCUCUGCUCCACGAGGGCCUGACCAAUGUCAUCCGGGACGUCCCCAUGGUGCACCUGGAUGAGAUCACCUUAUUUAAAAGCAGAGUGGCUGAGGAGCCACCGAACCUGUGGUGGUGACAGGGACAGCUGGCGCCGGGCGAAGCUGCUUCCGGCGGCCGAGCCUCCUGCCAGCCACUGUCGCCUCUGUCAGUCUCCUGGGCCUGGAAGCACGACUGCCCUGAGGGGCGUGUGGCCCGGCUGCUGCUGCUCACGCCUGCCCCUGCCGGACACCGGGGCCUCUUGGAUCCCAAGAGGAAGGACUCCCCCUCUGCCCGGCCAUCCCGCGCCCCUGUCGUCUCCCAGGGCCCCCCGAAGCUUCCUCUUGCUUGCUCUUGGCGCUCGGUGAAACGCGAGUCCCAUCCGCGAGGAGGAUGAGAAGGAAGAGCCGGCUGUCCCUGCAGGGCCUGGCGUGGGUACUCCUGAGCUGAGACUCUCGUCCGUCACGGAGCGCUGACUCUCCGGGGGCCCUGACCAGGUCCCCAGAGCAGCACGGGGCCCCAGUGCUGCCCCCCGCCCCACCGCCUCUUCCACCCUCCAGUGUGUCUCAUGUGUUUCUGGCCACCUGCCGUCAGGCUCUGCAGAGGGGUGGCCUCAGGCCCGGGGCUGGAGGUGACCGUGCGUGUGGGGACGGACACGCUCACAUGGUGGCCCGAUGGCACGGCUUCCCUCGGGCCAGCUGGGAGCACAGUGUGGAGGGGAGCUCCAGAUUUGGGGCUCCCCUUCCCAGUAACACAUGUUUUAACUCAAUUAUGUCUCCAGCGUGUUUCCAGCCAGAUGGCGUCAGACAAGUUUGGGGCCGCUGGCUGGGCCGGGACCCCGUGGGGCUGGGACUGGGGGGCAAGGCCUGGGGCAAGCCCGCUGUACAGCCAGCACGGCACCACUCAGCUUUAGGACCUCUUCUCCGUGAAGAUCUGUGUUUCUGGGGAAAUACAUACCUGGCUUCAUUCAAGAAACUUGAAAUAUUAAAACUUAGAAAGGACAUUUAAGGCCAGAGUAGUGAUCAAACUACCCCGUUUCGUAUAGCUUUAUUUAGCACUUUAAAAAAUUCAGUGCAGCUAUUCCAAAAAUGGGGAGUGACCUCCCAGUGUCCAGGGCCACCCUUCCUGUGCUGAGCCUGCUGCCUUCUCGACCGCAAGACUCCCCAGAGCCGGUGGCCCCUCGGCCGGUGGCUUCCAAGGGGCUGCGAUCGGGUUCCCUCCAACCCGGGUCCAGCCCUGACUGCCCUCAGUGAUGCUCCUGGAGGCUUGCCAGGGGUCCUGGGCACCGUUGGACGGCUUCCAGGCGGGGGCACGUCAGUCCUGCAGAGGCUGCCUCCCCGGGCCUCCCUCUCCCUCUGGGUUGGGGGUGCAGAGCCCACCAGGCCCUGCUCACGCUGCUGGUGCCCAUCUGCUCUGGGCCCCCAGCCUGGCCAUCUUCCCACUUUGUGUCUGUGGAGACAGUCCCCCUCUCCCCGUUCCGUGUAGCAUGUCCUGCAGCUUACCUACUAAAAGAGCGGGUCCAUGACCCUGGGGUUUUUCAUUUGCCUUUCUGUCCCUGGGUUCUUGAGGGACAGACAGUUCUGCAGCCCCCAGCCCCGCGGGGCUGAAGGGGUCCAGGAGGCCAGACAGCACAGCUGCAGGAAUCAAGCAGUCCCGGGGUCAGGGCCCUGGGAGGAACAGUCUGCCCAUCCCAGGGGCUCUGCUCUGCCCUCCGCCCUCCUGUCUGCGUGGACGGGGGGAUGCACGGGUGCCGUGGGGUGAGUCUCCUCCCUCCUCGCCCUGGUUUUCAUGCCCUCUCCCUGCCCUGGGCUGAGGCUGGCACUUCUUUGCAGCCCAGCCAGAGGGACUGGUCUGCAGGCUGCCCGUAGACGAAUGCCUACAGCCUUCACCUUAGAGGUCCUGAUGUGGUCUGAGAGCCCUGCCUGGCUUCACAGGCUGAGGGACAGACUGCCCUGGGCCCCGGAGAGACAGGGCUGAGGUCCCGAUAGGGCCCCAUGGCUGUAGAUGAGGGUCUGAGAGUUGGUGGGCGCACUUCCCCUCCCCAAUUUUGGGGUAUUUCAGGUGGUGCCCAGAGACCACCCCCCUCCAGGCAAAGGUGGUCAAGGAAGGGGGUGGUAAUGGGAACUGACCACUUCUUCUCCUCAAAGCAAGCGUGUGGCUGGUCACAGCCUGACUGGCAUGGGGGUGUUCCCCAGUGGGGAGGUGCCCAGGGCUCUGGGUGGCUCUGGGUGCCCUUCUCUCCUCCAGAGCAGCCCGGGCUCUGGCUGGAGAAUGAGGUUUCCACUAGGCUGCAGUUGUGUGUUCACGCCCUCGCCUGGGUGGCCUCUUCUCCCGAGCAAGCAGUUUUAACCAGCAGCAGCAUUUAUGCCAACAAACAGGGCCCGGAGGGGACGUUCACCCCGAGGCUGGGUGCGUGAGCUGUCGUGGAGAGCCGCCCCCACGCAGUAGACUGUGUACUCUCAGUGUGUCCGUAACCAUCCUGCUACUAGAGCAAGAACUUCCGCCGCUUCUGCCCUCGGGACGGGACUCACCAGAUGUUAAUAGUGUGCUUAUUCUCGCUAAGUGCUAUUUUGGCAGCGGUGUUAAUUGCAAUUUAUAUUCUGCAGCAUUUUAUGCUGGGAAAAGAACCCACCCUAAUGGUCCCCAAUUGGCAGAACUGGCCUGUUAAGUGCGGACCAUAUGCUGCCUGCCGAGAGGGGGCCUGGUCAGCACUGCUGGCUGUGCGUGUGUGCGCGUGCGCACACCUGUGUGCACACACACGUGAGUGUAGUCUGUGUACACGUGCGUGGUGUGCGUGUGUGUGCACAUGUGCAUGCGAGCACGCUUCUGCAUGUGAUCACGUGUGUGCGUGUGCGUGUGAUCGUGUGUGCGCGCGUGCGUGCAUGUACAUCUGCGUGUACGCACAUGUGAGUAGUCUGUGUACACGCGCAUGGUGUCUGUGCGUGCACAUGUGCAUGCGAGCACGUUUCUGCAUGUGAUCGUGUGUGCGUGUGCGUGUGAUUGCGUGUGCGCGUGUGUGUACAUCUGUGCACACACAUGUGAGUACUGUCUGUACACGUGCAUGGUCUGCGUGUGUGCGUGCACAUGUGCAUGCGAGCAUGUUUCUGCAUGUGAUCACGUGCUUGUGCGUUUCUGUGUGUGAUCGCGUGUGUGCGUGUGCGUGUAUGAGAGAGAGGAGAGA